AUGGUAUUGUGUGAGUGCUCUCGAAUAGAGGACCCAGAUCAGGUCCCCAAUGAAGUACUGCCACCUGGUGAUCUUGCAGCCUGGACGCUAGUGGUAGCUGAUGGAGCAACAAUUGAUCCUGGUGAAGGUAUUCCAACCUCAAGCUUUCAGGAGAAGCUUACAAAGCUGCUGCAGGAAGAAGGGAAGACGUUACGUGAGGCCCAGGUUCUCUACCCAGCUGAAGCAUUGCAAACCACGUCCCCUGAAGCCAUAAUUCGUGCAGUUAUUGUCGUUUUAGAGAAAACGGCGAAAGCACACAACGAGAAUAAUGCGUAUCGGCGGUUACGAACAUUCUCAGGAAGCAUUCCUACUCCCUCGGGAGAGGAGAGUUUUGAUAGUUGGAUGGAUCAAGCCUGUCUCAUGGUUCAAGAGUGUGUCUGCUCCAGCAGAGAGAAAAGGAAGAGAAUCGGGGAGAGCUUGAAAGGACCUGCUUUGGAGAUUAUUCAAGCAGUGAGGGAUGCCAACCCUGAUGCUAGCCCGAUGGACUACCUGGAAGCACUUGAACACACGUUUGGAACCCCUGAGUCUGGUGAGGAUCUUUAUUUUGCAUUUAGAUCAUUCAGACAACAGCCUGGAGAAAAGCUGUCUGAUUUUCUGAGGAGGCUAGAGAGGUCUUUAAAGAAAGUAGUGCUGAAAGGAGGCAUUGCGUCAAGCCGCAUUGAUCUUGUGCGCAUUGAACAGCUUAUACGAGGUGCUACUGAGUCUGAGCUGAUGCUGAUACAGCUGAGAUUAAGGGAAAGGAAGGAUAACCCCCCUGCAUUCCUGACUCUCCUGAAUGAAAUCCGCGAAGAGGAGGAGCAAGAAGCUGCUCGUCAUAAACUGAGCACCAGUGUAAAGCAGAUACAAGUCAGAGAUGACGAGAACCUGAAACAGUCUGAGUUUCGUGAACUGAAAGCUCAAGUUAAAGAGUUGCAAACUGGGUUUGUUGCCAUGACGAUGCAGCAUAGUCAAUCAAAGGAAUCAAGUGUUACUGGAAGUCAAGCAAAGAAGGUUAAGCCUGUUACAUUGCAGCCUGAUCAAGACUGUGAGAUAGAAGCAUUGAAGCGUCAGGUACAAGACCUGCAGAAGAAGGUCACUGUGUUGAACAUGACACCAGUACCAUCAAUUGUGGACGGGCAAAUGCUGAGAACAGCUGGAGCAGCUCGUGCCCACAACAGCAGUAGACCUCAGGCAGCUAAAGGUUCUGGGGAUUACUUCUGCUAUCGCUGCGGAGAAGAUGGGCAUAUCGCCAACAAAUGCAGCACACCUGAAAACCUUGCUAGGGUGACUCAAAAGCUCAUUCGUUCCCUGCCUUACAGAAAACAGCAGGAACCAAAGAGUAAACAGCAAGACGACUGCAUCGGUCAAGUGAAGUGGUUGGGCUCGGGACCACUGACUAUUGCGCCCAGAA